AUGCCGCGGAGACUGGAUUUAAGUUACUUCUCAGUCCAGCUCACCCUGAUUCCUACUCUACCUUCCCCCAAGCAGUUCAUACAGACCAUUGCAAACAUGGAAUUCGAACCAUACACCCCCCAGCAUUUCAACACCGCCCCAGACAUCCACGAUGCCUACAAAACCUACGAGAGCCAGAACCUAGAGUACUUCAUCUGCACGACAAUCCGAGACAUGUUCGUCGCCCACAGCGUCCACAAUCUCUUCGGCCUCACUCUUCUCCACAACCACUUCAAGCUCGAGGAAGCCGAGAAGCUCGUUCAUGUCGACAACAUCGCGCAGCCCUGGAACGAUCAUACGGCCCGCAAAGAGCUCCUGGCUGAUGUCGUCCCAACGCAAUGGCGUUUCACCGAAAGCGGGAUCGCGCCGUUUGAAUUCAGUUGGACUGGAAAUGAUCGCAGCAUCUCGGACUUCGACAUAAAGGAGCACAAGGUCUUUUUGCAGGAGCUACAGGCGUUUCUCAAACUGCAAAGUUGGUUGGGUGUCUUUGGAGUGCAGUAUUUGGACACCUCGGUGCAGGUGAUUGGCGAAGAGAAUGUGCCUGUGGAGAUGACGAGGGAGAGGGUGAACAUCUCGCUUCCUUUUUCACCAAAUGAAGGAGAUGAGUUGGCGAACUUGGAAGUUCUGUGGUCUUUUGAUCCAAUGGUCAAGUUGAAGAAGUGUUGUAAACAGGAUAGAGUUGGUAUGAGGAAAAGUGGGCUUUAA